CAAAUCGUUUAUCUGGUGAUUUUAGAGUGGUGGAAUUGUUGGACUUUGAAGAAAUCGUCGAGUGGUAUUUAAUAUUGGUUCUGACAAUCUUUAUUUAUUAUUAUUUCAAUUUCCUCUUCAGUAUAAGGAGAAAAUGUCGAACGUAGAAGAGGAAGGAACAUUCAACUAUGACAAAGUGACUAUAGUCAAUGAUAACGAAGAAUCUGUCGUCGUGUCACUACAAUCAUUGAAGGAAAAGGCGGGAUUGCUGAAAUAUUCCAUAACGGUGUGUCCGAACGAAAUGAAGUUUUUUCUAAAAGUACCUCUGACAUUAGAAAUGCUCAACCAAUUCUCCAGAUUUUUGGAUAACGAAAUUCUUAAUUUUACUAUUGUUGAUGGCGCAUUUGAAAUGUAUUUAUUCAGCAAACGUUACUUCAUUAACCAACUGAAAAAUGUAUGUUUUAAUUACAUCUCCUGGUUGAUUUUUAGAGGUAAUGCUUGUCGUGCCCACGAUUUGGCUUGCAGACACAAUGAAAAACAACUGCAAUAUCAUUGUUUCAGCCUACUCGCUUUCUCUGAUAGAAGUAUUUUCCGUACCGAUGAUUUCCGAUCGUGCGAAGAAACUACUGUUUACAAGUUAUUGACGAGCCCAAUAUACGUAAGACUGGAGGAAUUUGAUUUGUUGAUGGGACUUCGCAUGUGGGUCGAAAAAACAUUUCUCAAAUUGAGGGAAACAAAUGCCAACAUAUCGAAGAGAGACGUGAUGAAACCUUUCAUCUCUUUCAUCAGAUUUUUUGUUCUAGAUCCAGAUCGUUUAAAACAGAUUGUGGACAAUUUUACUAAAGAUCAGAUUUUAACAGAAGAGGAAGUUCAAUCCAUACGACAAUUUCUCGCCGAGAAAAACGUAGCUCUUCUUCCAACAACAAUAACUGCUAGUAUUAAACGUCGAAAUAUUAAUGAUUAUUCGGUUACUGCCGUAAACUAUGUGAUUCAUCGUAUGUUAAAAGUAAAUAUUUAUAUGAAACCAAACUUUCAGUUUAUGAUUGAUAUAUUGUUCUGUGAAAACUGUUACGCGCAUAAAAUUAAACUUCCAAUAAUUCAUAAUAAUCCUAGAGGGAUAAAUGUUUUGGUCGGUGUUAAGGCGAUGUAUACUCAGGAUUUUGUGUACGAAAAAAGAUUUUGCUAUGGAGGAGGGAUUGUAUAUUUGCAAAAAACGAAAUAUUUGCCGAAGCGCACUUUUUAUAUAUUCUCUGUUAAAGUUCCUGAAAAAGAAAUACAUUCGAACAUAAUAGAAAUUUUGAAGGAUUCGGAUGAAUACGUACCAAUAUACGAUUUUCGAGACGACAAUAAAAGACGUGACGAAGAAAUCACAAAGUUUUCUUGUGACGUUCAAUUCUCUGUAUAAAAUCUCAAUUGUUUUUUAUAGCAUACGUUACGUACUUUUUUAAACAAAGACCUUUUCGUUUUUAAUUAUUAUAUGUAGAUUUUACGGAACGUCUAGUACUUUUCUAGUAAUUAGACGAAAUUGGAUUCAUUUUAUUUGUUAUCUUUCACAUGAUCAAGAAUGAUGUACGUUCUCUGUCGUUGACUGAAUGUUUAAAAAAUGAAAAGUUUGUUACUGUUUGAAAAUAAAUGUAAGCAAUCCGAAUAGCA